AUGGAUACAAACGGUCCCGCCGCAGUCAUGGGACCGCAAGAAGCUGUAGGCCGUGCCGGUCAUAGUCUCUGUACCCUGAUCGACUGGACCACCAAUAAGACACUACCAGUGACGAUACUACCGGCGACGAAGGACGAAAAAUUGAGUUCGGGGAGGACCUAUCUCAUCGUCGGUAGCAGCGACAUCGCUCGUGUCAUCUGUGAAUGGGUGAUCGAAAGUGGCGCCAAAUACAUUGUCGUGGCAAGUCGGCAUCCUGAUCAUACAGAGGCCCGGCCCCACGGGUUAGGCGCAAAGGGAGCUUUCAGUCCGCAGAAUCUUGGCAUCGCUAUGGGAAGACCAUCUUUCUGA